UGGUAAUUAUUGUUUUUUCUGCCAUUGCGAUAUUCAAUAUUUAAAAUUACAUUUAUUGCUAAAUAAAAGAAAUUUUUCGAAAAAUACAAUAAUUUAAUCGUUGUUAUUGUUCAGGUUUAUGUAAUGAAUUGUUAGCUACGUAUAUUUGUAUGCUAAGAUUAAGCAACUUAACUAAGAAAGAAAGGAACCGAAAUCAUAAAAUGGUGUCUAGACCUACGUGCCCUGGUAAAAUAUGUUGAAAAACAACUGUGACGUCACAGAGAAUUUAAACCAGCUGCGAUUGGAGUUAGAGGCUUAAGGAUUUAUAAGUAAAUUAAUUAUACAACAAAAUGGGUGGUGCCGUGAGCUCAGGUCGCGAUAAUAAUGAGUUGAUAGACAAUCUAUUGAGUGGAAACUAUAUACGCACUAGGCGAGUAGAAAAAGUAUUUCGGGCUUUAGAUCGUGCGGAUUACAUGACACCUGAGGCCCGAGACCAGGCUUAUAAAGAUCUGGCUUGGAGGAAGGAACCCUUUCACUUGUCUUCGCCAUGUAUAUACAGUGAGGUGAUGGAGGGACUUGAGCUGAAGCCUGGGCUGUCGUUCCUGAAUGUCGGAUCGGGCACAGGAUACCUGAGCACUCUGGCCGGGCUGAUCCUGGGCACCGCAGGCAUCAGCCAUGGGGUGGAGGUGCACCCAACCAUUGUGGAAUAUGCAACAAAGAAGCUCAGCCAGUUUAUUGAAAAUUCACCAUCCUUGGACGACUUCGACUUUUGCGAACCUAAGUUUUACACAGGCAAUGGACUUUGCAUAGCUCCUCUUCAAUGUGGCUAUGAUCGAGUUUAUUGCGGUGCUGGAUGUCCUGAAGAAUAUGAAAAUUACUUCAAGAAUCUUAUUAAGGUUGGAGGCAUUCUCGUGCUGCCCAUCAAUGACACUCUGCAGCAAGUGAAGCGAGUGUCGGAGAACAAGUGGGUGUCACGCAGCCUGCUAAAUGUGUCCUUUUUGAAUUUACAAGUGCCAACUCAAGAGGACUCUUUGGACAGUGUUAAAUUAGCCGACUUAAUGCCGCCGCGUCUACAAUUACUAGCCAGGGCGCGAGUUCGUGCCUCUAUGAGAGAGGGUGUCAUUCGCCGGAAUCCAGAGCUCAAGGAAAGGCCCUGGCGCCGACCACGACGUGUGUCCUGCCCCAGGAAGAUCUGCAUACCUAUUGAACCCGGCGGUGAAGUUCAAAACCUCAAUGUCCUCCACGAUCUUGACACGGAGAGUGGUGCAAACGAAAUGAAUGCUUUAUUAAGCCUGGUGAUUAGUAUGGGUCAGAACAGAGUGGCCGGCGCCUUGCGAUUCGAUCGAGUCGCUAGAAGGUCGAACGAUUCUGACGAUUCCGACGAACAGAGCGGUCAGAGUCGAAAUGGUGAUGAAGAUGACUCGAGCGAUGAUGAUGAUAGCGAUGGAAAUGAUGGUACGGACAAUACAGUGGAAAAGAGUCCAAAAACAAAGACUGAUAAGGUUGAAAGUGCUGGCGAUGCAAAUACAGAGAUGGACGAUGAAACACAAGAAAAGCAAAAGGAUAAGGCUCAAGAGAACACAAAGACUGAUGAAGAAACAGAAAACAACAAUAAGUCUGAUAAAGCAGCAGACAAAGGCUUUAGUAAUAGCAAGAGUGAAGAUAAUGGCAAGAGAGAAGACACUGGCAAAAGUGAUGAUAAUGGCAAGAGUGAGACUUCUCGUGACAAAGAAACAGAGUCCCACAGCGAUCAAGCACUUGAAUUAAUUAAGAAGUUGAGGAAGAAGAAGUACUGGGGUAAAAGAAAUAAGAAUUUUGGGAAGCUAUCUAGGAAGGCCAGCAGAAAAUCGUCUAGUGACUCGGUUGAUGAUGAAAAGCCCUCCACUUCCAAAGAAGGAGAAAAUAAAGAUAAUCUUAAAAAAAUGCCUCGAUCAAAAACGCCCAUUCUUGAUGAUAGUAGUGAUGAUGAUGAUGAUAAACCUGACUCGUCCAAUCCAGGGAUGCCAUCUGAAGUGGAAAUAUUCAUACCAAAGAUGCAGGAACCUGGUACAUCAGCUGAGAUGGACUGGGAGGAUUCUAGACCUAAGCCAAAGGUAGCGGAAGGCGAGGACAAUGAAGGAGUCUCAAAAAGGAAGGCAAAGAGGCAGAAGCUGGAUAGUGGGAUCGGUGAAAACACACCAAGCAGUUCCCCCAAGUCGAAGUCUGAUGAUUCAGAAGAGUCGGAGAGUGAGGAUUCCGACAGCUGGGAGACUGAUACGGAACCUGAACCGUCUACAGGUCGCCGGCGGCGCUCGUCGCGCUCGUCGGGCCGCUCGUCGGGGCGGCCCUCGCUGGAGGAGGUGAUCGAGCGCGCCGAGGCGCGCCGCAUGCGCCAGCGCCAGCGCAGCAUCGCGCGCGGCGGCGACGCGCGCCGCGUGCGCCUCUCGCUGCUCAUGAAGCGCGCCGUGCGCGAGCUGCCGCUGCCGCAGCCGCUCAAGAAAUUUGUGAACUGGGGUCGCUGCUACCAGUUCUAGAAAAAGGAGCAGCGGAAAGGUGGUUUAAUGUUAUUGGUGUUAUUGUACGUAAUUACCCUUUUAUACAUUAUCUUAAUCUUAAUUGUAUUCUAUUUGCCAUCAUUGAGUGUUCACCCCAGCAGCGCAAACAUAACGCGUCUAGAAACGUGGCAUUUAAUAUUGUAUCUUAUUUAAUAACGUACUAUUGUCUAUACAUACUGAAUACAGACAUACUGAAUAUGUCCGGCUCGAAGGACCACUCAGGUCUUUCAAGUUACAUUCACAGACUUAGUAUUUUUUCUUUUCUGGUGUUUCAUUUAUGUAAUAGGUGCGCUCAAUGAUAGCCAUUAUAGGAAUAAAUGUUAAGAUAUUGUUUAGCCUUAAACGACCAUAUAUGACUAGCGGACAGUAUCCUAUGAAUGUCUUUGUAGUUUUUAAACGUUAGGUUACUUUUUACAGAUAUCUUUUAGUCAGGAGUAACACUGUUACAGUGGUUAACAGACCCGAGUGCGAUGCUACCGUCUCGCAGUGGGUUCCCUAUGUCAUAUUUCGUAAUUAUGGUACUUUGAAUAUUGUCAAAACGCGUCGUCAUGGCUAUGAUAACAGGAGGUAACAAGUGGUUUUAAGUGAAAAUCGAUUUUGAGAAAAAAAACAUGUUUUCAUUCGAUAAGACUUUUUGUUACUGGGCCACUUGGUAUUUUAUGGGAUUUUGCUACUGAACCAUCUACCUACUAACUAUAUACUUGUUUUAAUAUAUAUAAAAUAAGAAAAUAAUGUUGCGAUUACAUCGCCAUGAUGACGCCAUCGUCAUUUAAAUAGAUUAAGGUCAUAUACUCGUUUAGAAAACAUACAUAACUAUAUUGUUCGAAUAUUAUUUGGAGUGAGAUUCCCAGUGAGAGGUAAUGAAAUGAAGUAUUCAGAAGAUGUUUAUUAUAUUUCCUUUGGGCGCUUCAUAUCCCAAAUAUAAUGUAUAUAAUUGUACACUUGUGUUUAUAUUUAGUGAUAAUUUUGCUUAUGAGGAAGGAAGUUUACAAAGGACGCUAAGACUGCUCUAAAAAGAACCCAUGUGAAAGACAUCACAAUGUUUCCUGGUUAAGCUCUAGUCACUCUGUGGGAAAUGUUAACUGGUUUCCGUCAGUGUUCGUUUGAUUCUGAUUACAUUUAUCAUAAUUCGUAUUAAGAGAGGGGAGUUUUUUUUAAUGUUGUUUUCUCGUCGAAUGUUUAAUGCUGUGCCCAUAGGGUAGCCAAUUUGAAUUUGGAUUUGGCGCCUUUCGGUUUCGGUGGGUUUUAGGUAUGUGAAAUGAGUGAGGUACAUGAUUGAUAUAUAUAUUUUUAACGUAAAGUAUAUUAUGAACUCCAAUAGAAUUUAUUUGCAAUUUUUUAAUUCUUCUAAGUGUAUAAUUUUGCAUAAGAAAUGUGAUCAUUAUUUUCGUAAAUGUAAAUAUUGUCAUUUGUUUCAUUUGCACAGUAAUGUAUAAUUUGUUAGAUAUAUUUGUUUCUUUCUGAUAAUUCUAUGUAAUCGGCGUUCUAAAAUAAAUAAUAAUUAUUAAAA